AUUUAUCCCUCCGCUGCAUGGCUGAAGGUGAAGCGGUCUGAAAGUGUGUGAGUCCUCUCUGCUGUCCAAAAUGUCAUCCAGUGGACUUUUAAACAUGCACGGUGUCUGUAAACGUCUGGCUCACAAGUAUGUCUCAAGAACGUACUCAUCUCGCCCUUCACUCAAUGAAGUGGUCAUUGUCAGCGCAGUCCGCACUCCAAUGGGCUCCUUCAGAGGCAGCCUGGCAGCAGUUCCAGCCACCACACUGGGCUCCAUUGCCAUCAAGGGAGCCAUACAGAAAGCAGGAAUUGCUCCUGAAGAGGUGAAGGAAGUCUACAUGGGAAAUGUUCUUCAGGCAGGAGAAGGACAAGCCCCCACCAGACAAGCCUUGCUGGCAGCAGGCUUGACCCUCGGCACUCCAGCAACAACCAUCAACAAAGUCUGUGCCUCUGGCAUGAAGUCCAUCAUGUUGGCAGCUCAGAGUCUGAUGUGUGGACACCAGGAUGUCAUGGUGGCAGGAGGCAUGGAGAGCAUGUCAAACGUACCUUAUGUGAUGCCCAGAGAAACUCCAGCCUACGGAGGAGUGAGGAUGGAGGACCUCAUCGUCAAAGACGGGCUCACUGAUGUCUACAACAAAUUCCACAUGGGAAACUGUGCAGAGAACACAGCGAAGAACUGCAGCAUCACCAGAGAGGAGCAGGACGCGUACGCCAUCAGCUCAUACAGCCGCAGCAAAGCAGCGUACGAGGCCGGCGUGCUUGCCAAGGAGAUCGUACCUGUGAGCAUUCCUCAGAGAGGCAAACCUGACGUGGUGGUGUCUGAGGAUGAGGAGUGGAGGAGAGUCGAUUUCAGCAAAGUUCCCAAACUGAGGGCGGUGUUCCAGAAAGAGAACGGAACGGUGACGGCAGCAAACGCCAGCACCCUGAAUGACGGAGCAGCAGCUCUCGUUUUAAUGACGGCAGACGCUGCAAAGAGACUCAACGUCACUCCACUGGCCAGGAUUGUGUCUUUUGCUGAUGCUGCAGUUGCACCUAUUGACUUCCCCAUCGCUCCUGCAUUUGCUGUACCUAAGGUCCUGGAUGCAGCAGGGCUGAAGAAGGAAGAUAUUGACAUGUGGGAGAUCAACGAGGCCUUCAGCGUGGUCGUCCUUGCCAACAUCAAGAUGUUGGACAUUGACCCCGCAAAGGUCAACGUCAACGGAGGAGCUGUGUCUCUGGGACACCCCAUCGGGAUGUCCGGUGCGAGGAUCGUGGGUCACAUGGUGCACAACCUGAAGUCGGGACAGUACGGACUGGCAGGCAUCUGUAACGGAGGGGGCGGAGCUUCUUCUAUUCUCAUCCAGAAACUGUAGAAAAACUGAUUGUAAACUUUACUCCUCCUGAAACACUCUUUGGUAGUCUGUGUGUGUCGACUAGCUGUGGGCUACUCUCUCUCUUUUUACUGUGAAGAAUCUGUUACACCUUUAAAGCCAGUGGCCUUCGUCAAACAGAAAAAAGUAAGACUCGACUCACCUGACGUCAUCACACCUGUCUUGAAAACACUCCUCUGUUUGAAACGUUGUGCA